UCCACCUGGAGCCAUGGCCCAGGCCACCCCGCUCAACAUCCUGGAAGCCAGCUGCCCCAUCCAGGUGGAGCACGACCGCAAGAGGAGGCAGUUCACCGUGCGGCUGAACGGUUGCCACGACAAAGCCGUCCUGCUGUACGAAUACGUGGGGAAGCGGAUUGUGGACCUGCAGCACACGGAAGUCCCCGAUGCCUACCGAGGGAGAGGAAUAGCCAAACAUCUGGCAAAGGCAGCCUUGGAUUUCGUGGUGGAAGAGGACUUGAAAGCUCACCUCACGUGUUGGUACAUCCAGAAAUACGUCAAAGAGAACCCGCUGCCUCAAUAUCUGGAACGUUUGCAGUCCUAACGG